CCACCGUGACAGAGACAGGAUUGUUGCAAGGCACAGAUCUGGGGAAGGCUUGUUGUCAACAUCCAAGUCGUUAUAGCGGCUGAAUUGAUAUUUCCGAGAUACUGUUGGAGAGAGGAACAGAAGCGCAUCAUGGGAGCAUCUUCCUCAGGACUGUUGGAUGAGGCCAAGGUCAGCCACAUCAGAGGCCUCACCGAAUCCACACUUCAAGGUUUCAGUGUGUUUUAUCAGCAGCAGUACUCUGCUGCUCACAUAACACAUCUACACCAGGAGGUGGAGCCUAAGAAAGAGGGGAGGGGCCUACUUAUGACACAGAGGCCUUGCCACACUCCAAAGGAUGUACUGUACCAGGGUAGUGUUCAGGUGUCCUGCUGGGAGGAGCUGGGAAGAAGGGGUAAAGAGAGACAUGUAGUCCUAAGGGGAGACUACAGCCUGGAGAUACAUGACAGCAUGGAGACCUUCAGUCAUGGUGCUGUAGCCAAGUUGGUCCUCCAGCCAGCAGGGGGUGCUGUGCUGACCACAGAGGAGGAAUCUAGACUUCUGCUGGAGCAAACCUGUCCUGGGCUACUGAAUGGAGUGAAGGGCGAUUCUUCUUCAGUGGUGUCUUCUCCUGGUGUGUUUCCUGUGUUUCUGCACCUGCCUUACACAGGCCACACCUGCUUCCUGUUCACACAGGAAGAGCAGCGCCAUCAUUUCCUGUCUGCACUCAAGACUUGCAUGCGACACCAGAACCUCGACCCAUGGCGUGAUCCACCCUAUGAGGGUCAAGCGUUCAUCCGAGCCCUGAGGCUGUAUCAACAGGAUAGAGGACACUAUGAAUUCUGGGAAAUGCUGCUGGGACCUGAGGAAAAGGUGCUGGCCUCCCAGGUAAUGAAGCAAGUGUUGCCAUGGUUACAGAGUCAGCUUCAGUCUCGAGUGAAGGGGAAGAAGACAGAAAGGAUGCGACAGUGGAUGGCGACAGUGCAGGCAACCUACAGUCUGGUUCUGGAGCAGGUGACCGAUGGCCUGGAGGCUCUGAAAGGGCCAUGUCGUCAGACAGCGUCAGCCAAUCAGGCUGUAAUCAGAUCGAACCUGGACCAGAUAACGGUGUGUCACCGCUUCCUGGAGGACAAACUCCGAGCUUCUAUAUGUAGACCAGCACAGAAGCUGUGCGGUGAGUCUGUAGCUCCCUGUCUGUCGUCCAUCCUGGAGGCUGUGGCUGAAUGUGUCAGCGCAGGGAUGCAGGACAUGCAGUGUACACUGCACAUACAGAUGGACACAGCGUUCACUCACACACAUGGAGACAUGGAGGGGCUGGAGAAGGCCUUGUCCUCCCUGCGUUUCACCAGUCUGGAUCACUGCUACAGACUGGUAGAGAAUCUGACAGAAAAACUUCAAGGUCUCAAACAGCGAUUCAGAUUCAGUGGUGCUGAGCGGCUGGUUCACUCUGUACAGCUGGAGAUGGAGCAGCUGCUGGACAGUGCUGUGUACACAGCAGAGCUGAUCCUUCAGGCAGCCAGACGUCAGCCAAGUCACAUCUCCACCAACAUGGAGAGAGCCAAGCACAGAGUCCUCAAGCAGCUGGACCAUGAUAGCAGACUUGUACAGAAGAGGCUCUACCAGGAAACUCUGCUCCAGAUCACUCUGCCUGCUUUCACCAGGGAGAUGGACAGCACAUGGAAACCUGAGCUGCAGCAGUUUGAGCAGUACAUUUUCUCAGAUUACAGCAGUUUCAUCCUGGUCCAAAAUGUCUAUGAUGACAUCCUGAGAGACAUCCUCAACAAGGAGACAGAGAGAGUGGUCCAGGAGGCUGCCAGUCUGCAGGGUAGCCACCUGCUGCUGGACUGUUCAGAUUUGGCCAUCAGUCAGUACAGUCUGCUGGGGCAAAUGCCUCCUUGCUCUGCGCAUGACAGCCCGGCUGUCCACACUCAAGCUUCUUCCUCCAUGGUGCCAGAUGAACAUGGAGAAUCUGCUUCUCUGCUGGAUGGUGGAGCUCCAUCAGGCAUGGUUGACUUUUGCCCUCAGAGUGAUCCCAAACCUGACCCCAACCCUGAAUCUAACCCUACCAGCUCUGAGCUGAGUGCAGCGCUGCAGGCUCCCAUCAUCACUGUGACACACGACGAAUCAGCACCAACAGACACGUGCGAAGCUUCUAAUUCAGAGGCAGCUAAUUUACAUGUGUGUGGUUCAACUGAUCCUCCUACUCUCCCAGAAUGCGCUGGUUCUGACCUUGUCUCUCCUAACUCCUCAGUUACCCCUCCCCUGUCUGUGCCACCUUACCCAACUGCCCCAUCCGAGUCCACCAUUCAAGGUGACCCAUCUGCUGACCUCAUUACCUCAGAUGUUCCACCACAAGUCACCUCUCACCUUAACUGCUUCUUCCCGCUGGCACCACCACCCUGUGCCGACGCUCCAAUAACAACCAGCCUGACAUCACUGUGCCAGGCAGUCUGUUGCAACUCCACAGUGCCUCCUACGGGGCCUACCAUGCUACAGCAGGCCUCCGACAGAGCCGUCUACCUAAGAGGAGGAUGGACAGAAGAUAUGAAGGUGGAGAGGGUGAAGGAAGAGAGACAGGCAGCAGAGGAGAUGAAGGAGGAGGAGGAGAAAAUAGGGAAGAGGGAGGGAAAUGAGAACAACAUUAAGGUGGAGAGGGUGAAGGAAGAGGGAGAGGCAACAGAGAAGAACAAGGAGGAAAAAAUGGGGGAGGUGGGGGAAGAAGAGAGAGAGGCAGGGAUAGAGGAGGAGGAGAAGAGGGAGAGAAUGCAAAGAGAACAUUUGGGUCUAGCCCAGAGUGGAAGUUACCACAACUGCAGAUCCUCUGAAGCAGCAAUGGAGACUCAGAGCACAGAAAGGGGAGAGGAAAGAGGAGAGCAUGAGGAGGAAGAUGGUAAACUGGAGGGUAAGAAGGAGGGAAAAGUGGCUGAAGAGGAGAGAGGAACACAAGAAGAGGAGGGUCUCCAGAGCCCUCAGCCAAUGGCAUGCCAGCCACAGAAUGAGUCUGCUAUGCCAUUGGACAGUGUAGUCGUCAUCAGAGGACUUGUGACUGAGGUCAUUGAGGUUGAGACGCUAGUCAGCCCUGCCCCAUAGCAACCAUAAAGCCUAACAUGUUACCAUGAUGAUGAGAUCCUGACUGCUACAUUAUGAAAUGGGAAUGUCAGCUUGAUGGCAAACUACCAUAGCAAUGGUACACUGGUGAAAUGAUACAGUACUUGUUCGCUACUUUCAUCAUCAACUCUGGAAAAAACGCUGUAUAACUCCCCUCUGAUUAAAUCACUAACACCAGCUGUUCUUUUUCAGUUAUGGAUGUGCCAUCAAAUUCAUGUGUUGCAUUCAGUCUUCAGACUUUUCAGUAUUUGCUUUCCUUAUUAACAAUCAGUGGUAUAAUUAUAAUGCUGCCUGUGUCUGUAUUUAGAAAAAGAAUUUUGCCCGCAGUAGCCUAUGAGGAGCUGGCAUUAGCGUGACUGGAAUUGCAGCUCUUCUCUCAGGAUUUAACCAGGCUUUUCAAUGCAAAAUUUCAUCAGAUUGCACCCAGAUUUGGGGGUGCCCUGGUGAGUGUGUGCCAUGCACCAGGGCUGGGUUGUGAUAGUGGCACCCUGGGUUCAGAUCUGAGCUCGAGCCCUUUGCUGCAUGACAUCCCCUCUCUCCCCUGCCUUUCCUGUCUCUCUCUGCUGUGACUGUCAAAUGGAGCAGAAAUGCCAAAAAAAUAAUCUUUAAAAUAAAAAGAGAUUGCACUCAAAUAAUAAUAAAAAAAGAUUUAAUGAAUGACAUUCGGUGUUAAACAUAUCAUUUUUACCAGAGUUGAUGAUAAAAGUAGCUAACAAGUGAGAUGUCCUGCAUUUGUUCCAUAUCUGUUAACAGUAGUGAUGUUUUCUAAUGACUUGAAAUUUGGCGGUGUGAAAGUCUCUCUGUCAGAAAGUUCUCCCUAACAUUUACUUACACAGCCAAUUAUCAGUUCUCUGGUUUAUGAGUGGCAACAACUCUGUUAGCUGCAGAACAUUAUAAGGUGGAUGUGUCAAGCAAACACUGUAAUUUGAAAAUGGAGGGAUUUUGAUUAUGUGUUGUGAAAUCUUUAGUAUCCCCACAUGGUUUGUCAAUGUAAAAUGUGGGUAAACUGAAGUAACCGGGCCAAACAUUCAAAAUCACGGUCGUUUAAUGCUUGAUUUGAAAUGUUGGCAUGACACAUCCCUGAACCCAGAAAGACAUGGUGCUGAAAGAUUCAGCAGCAGUGAAAAUUGUCUUUAUUAAGAUGCACGGAGUAAAAAGAGGAAAUAUGGAGCGAGAUACUGUAAGAUAAAGCUCAGGUAUUGCUAUUUUAUUAUUAUUUCUGUACUCAGAAGAACUAGCUUCUUUUGUAUCGAGAAUUUUUGUGAUAAAAGCUUGAUUGAUUUUUUUUUUUUUUUUUUUUUUGCAUUCCUGCUGUCCAAUGUGCACACAACACACUAAAGAUUAAAAUUCAUUUUUCUUUACUUCCAAGAUGUAAUUCUGAACACAGCAUAUCAUUAAAACAGUGGUGAAAAUGUGAUACUGUUUUAUUAAAUAACUUGAAGAUGCAAAGGAUAAAAGUGACACUGAUUCAAACAUGUUUUAAAAAGAAGCAGAGGGAAAGAAACAGAAACACAAACAAGUCUUAACUUGGCUCUUUCCAGAAUCUGAAGGAACAAUAAAAUAAAGAAUGUACAUCAGUAAACUUGGCAACACUUUAUUUUAGGAUACUUAUUAACCAUUAAUUAGUUGUUUAUUAAUGUAUUAAACCCACAAUUAAUUCUUACAAACAGUUAGUAGGUAAGUGGUUACACUUAAGUCAAACCCCUUAUAUCAUUUGUACAGUAUGAGGCAAGUAAGCAACUAUUGUAGUGGAAAAUUCCUCUGUGCUCUUUACUUAGCUCUCUUGACUUAGUACCCUUAUAAUCUUAAGAACUCAGAAGUGCUAUUUUUGAGCAGCUAUGCUAUCUCUAAGUUAGCAAGAGAAGAGAGCGAGACAGUUCUUGUCUUGCUCUCGUACCCACUGUCAGUUAAAAACAGGAACUGUCUGGUUGCUGUUGGAUAUGCUUUAGCAUCUGUAUCACCUGUUUCCUAUAAAGGCACUAAUCACUUGGUGUUUGCUGUCAGUCUGUGUCAGUCAGCUACUCAGUUUGAUCAGACACUGUACUGACCCCUUUGCAAAGGCUUACAAUAAAACUAACAAAGACUAUCUCAGUCUUAAGAACUUUCCAUUUUCAGAUUUUCCACCACACUAUUUACACAACAGUUACGCUCUCCUGAGCUAAGACUUAAUUCAUUUUUAUUCAUGUCUGACUAAAAACAAAAGUAUGGAUGUUACUUCUAUCUAAUGAACUACAAAUUGUUCAUUAUUAAUCAUAAUUUGGUCCCCAUUCUAAUGUAGGUCUGUGGUGUAACCUAAUACCUGCACAAUUAAACAUUUGAGACAAGCAGGUUCUCUGUGUCAGUGGCGUACAUUUAACUGACCAUUA